CUGUUGUCAUUUGUCAAAGACCAAUUGUCUGCAGUCGGGAGGGACCAGACAGGGAGAGCAGAGCUCAGGAUCAGAUUCCUUAGCCAGAGUGGCAGUUCACCUCUCUCGGAGGAGCGCACCUGUCAGCUGUUCCGAGAGAGUAAACACUCCCGGCAGGCUCCGAGGCGGGGAGUGGUCAGGCCCUGCACCUCCCCGCUGUGCAGAAAAGGGUCAUACCUCCAGCCUGGGGCUCGGGACCUGCGGGCUGGAGCGUGCUCAGGGCCGGCGCCGCCCCGCCGAGUGGCCCGGCCUCCCCGCAGGUGGGUGGCCUGCAGCCCGCCUUCCCUCCACCGGAGCUCGAGCUCGCAGCAGGGCACAGCCCUCUCCAGAGCAAGUGCAGCCGACAACAGGGUACCUUCUGACCAGCUCAAAACGGAGAGAAAGGGGACUAUGACGGCUCAGCAGUGCCCUUCUUGGAUCUUCAUCAAUGAGAGGACGUUCAUAACCAGGGAACAACUUAAUUCUUUAUUGAAGACCUAUAACAUAUUUUAUGGGAACCAGAAAAAUCUACAUAUUUUAUAUGAUCAGACCAAAGAUGGCGAACUAAUUGUUGAAGGAAUGCUGGACAUUUUCUGGGGAGUCAAACGACCCAUACAGCUGAAAAUACAAGAUGAGAAGCAAAUCUCUUCUUUUACAACGUUGAGGUCACCAGACUUCCUUUCCAGUGGAGGAAUGACACGCUGGGGGGAAUUUGAUGACCUUUAUCGUAUUAGUGAGAUGGACAGGACCCAGAUUCCAGUGUCUGAAACAGAGAAUUCCCAGGAAGACUAUUUAUCUUAUCACAGCAGCACUCUGAAGACACAUGCGGAUGAAAAGCCAGAAUCCCCGCUGCUCUACAGAACCAUGAGUGAAGCCACCCUGGUGAGGAAAAGGAGGAGUUCUCCAAGGAUGAACAGAAAAGACAGACAGAACCACAGGGCUUCUAUUAACGGGCACUUCUAUAACCAGGAAACAUCAAUUUUUACUCCAGCCUUUGGAUCAGAAACUAAGGUCAGAAUAAACAGUAACAUGAGGACUGAAGAAGUAAUAAAGCAACUUCUCCAAAAAUUUAAGAUUGAAAAUAGUCCUCAGGAUUUUGCUCUUUACAUUAUUUUUGCAACAGGAGAACAGAGACGCCUGAAAAGGGACAGACAUUCCCCUACUGCACGGCUCCUCCAGGGACCUUCCAGAAACAACGCGCGCAUUUUCCUCAUGGAUAAAGAUGCAGAAGAAAUUAGCAGUGAUGUGGCUCUAGUCAUUAACUUUAAUUUUUCUCUCUUGGAAUCCAUUCUUCAAAGAUUAAAUGAAGAAGAAAGAGAGAUUCAACGAACAGUAACAAAAUUCAAUAGAGAAAAGGCUAUUAUCCUGAAAUGUCUUCAAAGCAAACGGGCAGUAAACAGAGACUACGGUUUAGCAGCACAGGCACACGACUGCUAA